AUGGGCUCUGACUUGGAGAUCCGUGUCUGUGGUUUGACGGGGAUGCUCUGCGUCCUGAAGCCAGAAGAGGCCGGGGGUCUUACGGAGUUGAAGCUCGCGAUUGAGCAAGCAACAGGCAUCCCGCGCUGGGAGCAACAGCUAGUUGCAGGGACAGAGGAGUUGACAGAGCGAAACUUCUCUAGCCAGUUCUCCCGGGACCUCACGAUGCUCCGACAGAACCUGUCUGCCAAAGACUGGCGGCAGAUCGUUGAGCGGAAUCCGGAGGCAUUUCAACAUGCUCCAGUCUCUGUGAAGCAAGAUCGAGAUGUCGCUCUGAAGGCCAUCUCUCAGGCCGGUCACUCUUUAAAGUAUGCUACCUGUUUGCAAGCGGACCGCGGGGCGGUGAUGACGGCCGUCCAGGAGGCAGGCUCUGCACUGCAAUACGCAGCGGAGCCUUUGAGGUCAGAUCCUGAGGUUGUCCUGGCCGCGGCACGGAAUGAUGCCCAAGCACUCGCCUACGCAUCGAGCCAGCUUCUUGACGAUCGCCGCUUCCUGCUGUCGGUCCUGCGGCGGAACGCUGCUGUGUACACCAUACUUCCACGACAACUUCGCGAAAGCUUCGACUUUGCGCUGGCCGCCGCGGAGCAGAACGGCGAUGUGUUGGCGCACAUGGAAAAGGAAUUCCGAGAGGAUCCGGUGCUGGUGACAGCCGCUGUUAAGCAGAAUGGCCUUGCCAUACGGCAUGCAGCACCCUGGCUCCGGGCGGACCGUGACUGCGUGCGGUUAGCAGUCUCUGAAAACGAAGGGGCUCUGCAGUAUGCGGCAGACUCCCUUCAAGCAGACAGGGCUCUUGUUUUAAGCGCAAUCCCAGAGACUGGGCUGGGGCUGGCGCUGCAGCAUGCAUCUGAAGAGCUCUUGCUGGAUCGAGACUUCCUUCUGGAUGCUAUCCACAAAAAUGCAGAUGCUCUUCUUCAUUCGCCAGCAGAGGGCUUGCAUAACAGUCGCAGCUUCAUGAUGGAGGCCGUACGACGGAACGGAGGGGCCCUUAAGAACGCGACGUCAGACUUACAGGCAGACCCGGAGGUGGUGAAAAGUGCCAUCCGCCACCACAGUGCCGCGUUCCUAAGUGCAGCAGUCAGACUGCAGACCGAGCCUGGCUUUGUUAAGGAAGCGCUUGAUGUCAAUGGGCUGAUCAUGGAACACCUGGGCGAGAAGUUUUCCCACGAUCAUGCCAUGGCAAUGCGUGCCAUUCGACAGAAUUGGAAGUCAUUCCGAUUCUUGCCUCUUCCCUUGCGCAAAGAUCGGGACAUUGUAUUGGCGGCAGUCCGGCAAAAUGGCAUGUCCGUACGCUACGCCGCCGGCACUGCGCUUACAGAUCCUGAUAUCGCCGUGGAAGCGAUUCGACAAGACUGGCGAUCUCUGCAAUUUCUUCCUCUUGGCUUGCGUGGGAACCGAGACAUCGCGCAGGCAGCAGUGGAUCAAGACCGACGUGCUUUGCAGUACCUGCCCCUUGAUCUUCAAUCGCUAGUCGGCACUGACAUCCAGACUGACCUAGGCGACAGCUCGGAAAAUGGGACCGUCAUUGCCUUCCUCACUGUAGAAGCAUGUCAUGCAGGGCCCUCAGAGGUCUCGGAUGUCUCAGACUUUGCUGCAGACUACCCUUUUUCGAGGGCAGCUGCCGUCAGAGCGCUCGGCACUGGCAAGGAAGUGAUCGGUUUCGCCAGGGAGCUGGGCGGCGGUCCCCCAGUGCAUCUCCCGCAGGUAGUGCCCAAGAUCGUAUUUACCAAGCAGGCCCUGGAGUCCAAAGGAAAGCUUUGCCUGCGACCAGAGGAGACACGGACAGUGUUGACAGAGAUACAAGGACGUCCGAUACUUGUGGGAACAGACGACUAUGCCCACAUCUUCAAAGCCUUCUUGAAGCUGCACCUGUGGGAACAGGUGGUGCAUCUUUGGCAAAGCAUGAAGCAAGAAGGAAUGGUCUCCAACAGCAGAGCGUCUGGAAACGUUGCCGAGUCUUUCAUCAGAGGAGGUACGUGGGCUGGGUCUUUGGUGAUCCUUAACACAAUGCAUGCAGAGCGACUGGGCUUACGAAAUGCCGCACAAGGUGCUGCUCUAGCAGUCUGCCGACAGCGUCGCUUGUGGCAAGAAGCCUUGCAGCAGUUUCUGCAGGAGGGAAUCUUCACGCUGCUGACAAUGAAGCGCAUGUUCUCCAUCCUUGCAGAUGCUGAUCAAGUUGGCUUGUUGAAGACACUACUGGCACUGUUUCGUCAGAACGAGAGGACUUCGCGCAAUGCUCCACGAGUUGCAGCGAAUGCAUUUGCGGAAGCUGGUCUUUGGCAGGCGCAUCGGUUUACGCCUGGUCAGCAGCUGCUGGAGAAGGUGCGCGAGAAGCCCUCGCUGGCAAACUUGGCCAGCCUUGCCUGCCGGCCUGCCGUGGAGGUCAUGGGCGCGAAAUUCCGGGCAGCGCGCUGGCGAGAGGCAUGUUUCCUCGUGGCGUCCCAGAGAUCAAAUGACACUUUCUUCAGUGUUGCUCUGCUCUCAAAUGCUGUUGGCGCUUGUAGUCGGGCAGCGAGAUUGCAGGAGGCAUUCUACCUCUUGCAACUGAUGCGACGGAGGGGAUAUUGGCCGACGGUGCGCACAUUCAAUCUCGUGCUGCUCGCUUGUGCCAGGGCGGGCAACUUGCACCAAGCGUUAGAGGUCUUGGCAGAGAUGAGGUUUUCCAUGCGCGACCCAGACCUCAUCUCAUACAGCACCUGCAUAUCCGCCACAGAGAAGGCACGGGACUGGGCCACCUCGCUCCUUCUUCUUCGGAAGAUCCAGACAGCGGGGUUGAGAGAAGAUGCCAUCGCAGUCAGCACGGUGAUAAAGAUCUGCGAGAAGGCUUCAGCCACAACAGCAGUCGACUGCCCAGUAAACAGACUCGAAGCUGGCUGCCGUGAUGCCGUUUGCGCUGGAGAGUCUGACAUUGACAAGAUUUUGGCGUUGGGUCCAAAUCCUGUUCUCGAGGAGAUGAUGCCGAUUCUUCGGCAACACCGAGGAUCUUUGGAGAGGAACCCGCAAUAUGCGACCAACUUGCUGAAGAUACUGGUGGAUGAGGGUCGCGGUCCGGUCGCCAUGCUGGUCCUAAAUUUCAUGCGCACCAACGGCCUGAAAAUCAAUAAGAGCCACUGCAACGUCCUGAUGAAUGCCAUGCAGGAUCCCACCUGCAAAGCAGCCGUGCGAUGGUUGGCUUGGAUGAGGUCAGCAUCUGUACCGCCGGAUACUCGCACCUACAAUAUUGCACUGAAGCUGAGCCGAGAGGUGCGCCAGUGGAAGAUGGCGCUGCAUUUUCUACAGGAAAUGGGUGACAAGCACGUAGCGCCGAACCACAUAACCUUGAAUACAGCCAUCGACACCUGCAUAAGAGCUGGGGAGCUGCAAACUGGUCUUCGGCUUGUGGCAUCCCUCCUCGAAAAGCGGGGGCUGGAUCUGGACGAUGUGACACUCGGAACUCUUUUGCAAGCUUUUCAAGAAGCUGGACAGUGGGAACAAGCGCUGCUCAUCUUUAGCAGUAUACCGCGCAUGCGCCUGCAGCAGACAGCGUUUCAUUUUGCUGGAGCUAUGAAUUCUUGCGCAGUGUCCGGGCAGUGGGAGUGGACACUAGAACUGCUGGACCGCAUGCAGCACAAGCUCGUGUCUCCGGACGAAGUGUGUUACAAUACCAUCCUUAGUGCAUGCGAGGAAGGCGAACAGUGGGAGCUCGCGAUUGAAACCUUCACUAGUAUGUUUGGUCAGAAACUCAUACCAAACCAGCGCAGCUUUACAUCCGCGAUAAGCGCCUGUGGUACAUGUCAGCAGUGGGAAGCGGCACUUGCGCUCUUCCGUUUGAUGCCUAACCCCAACCGUAUCCAUUGGAAUGCAGUCAUAAGCUCCUCGGCACAGUCAGCUUGGCCGAGCGCUUUUGCUCUCUUUCAUCGCAUGAUCCGAGAGAGUGUCCCACCUGACCUGGAUACGAUGGGCAGUGCUAUGCAGAUUUACCAAUCUGCUGGGCACUGGCCGGCCGCGCUGCAUUUGUUUGCAUCCAUGACAGCUAGCGCCGACCCCGACAUGCGGAGUCGCUCACGUGGAUACAACUAUGCACUGGAUGCUCUUCAUGAAGUGGACUGCGCUGCUCACCUUUGGAACCAGGCGGUGAGGGAGGCAGUGUUCCCAGGAGUUAUGAAGGGAGGUCCGAACAAGCUGGAUCUGCACGGCCUUUCCUUCGGUGCAGCGAAGCUGGCAGUGAAGUGGUGGAUUCAUGAGGUCGUGCCUGAGCUGCUUGAUGCCGCGAGUCCACCGCCUUACUUCCUUGUCAUCGUUGGCCGCCUCAAGGGCCGCAGGGGCGAACCCGUCCUUCGUGGCAUGGUCAUCGAGUACUUGGACAGCCUGGGCCUGGCCUGGAAGCAGUCUAAAACGAGCAAGCUCGCAGACUGGGACGACUCGCAGGGCCUGGAAUGGGAGCAUCCCCUGCAGCUGCUCACACAAAUGUAUGGCUCGAGUCUUCGGCCGGACACCGUGGCAGUCAGCUCUGUGCUGCGCACGUUGCAAGAGGGCAUGCGGUGGAGGGACAAUUGCCACAUGCUGCACAACAUGAAACAGCGAGCUUUUCGGGAUGACAUCAAGGCUCACAACUCGGCAGCAUCGGCCCUGGAGAAGGUGAGCAAGUGGGAAGGCUUAACGCUGUCGAGUACUGCAGCACUCGCGGGCAUGCUGCAAAAGGACGAGGCUUCCUUUGGAGUCAUGCUGGGUUUUCGCCUCGCGGUGUCUGGGCUUCGAGACCUCGUUCGAGGAGGAUUCAGGGCCACGCCGCAAUUUCUGGGCAUGGCCUUGGAGGCCGGGCGGGAAGAGCCAUCCAUGGCGCCUGUGGUCGCGGCUUUGCUGGGAGAGCUCAAGGAGCGGAUGGCGAAAUGGCUUCAUCCACCCUCCCGGAGUUCUGACGAGGCCAUGCUUGGCAUUCGCGAGUCCUCCGCGGCUGUCGAGAUGCUGCACCAGUACGAUGUCCUGGAAGGGCAAACCUACACAGCCUUUCACAAGCGAGCUUGCCGGCCCAGCUCUUGGUUGCUCGGAUUGGUGCGGGCUCCAAGCGCUGACGGUCGGCUGGGACCUGACACAGUGAUUGGAUUUGAAGGCAUCCGCCGCAUCCGUCGGCCGGGAAAAGGAGAGUUUGUCAUGGCUAGAACUUCUGGGCUCUACCCAGGUGUUCCCUGCCGCGACGCCCUGGUCUCCUGUUCCCGGCGCAUGUUUCAGAGGCUCGAUGCACCCGACAGGCUUGGUGCUUCGUCGGAAACUGUAACUGCAUGGACGACGUACCUUUUCCUGUGUGGGACCAAGGGCCGCGCUUUUGGUGUUUGA